AUGUCUUCUUCGACCCCAUCCGGUGUGUACAACAUCACACUGGAAUCUGGGAAUGUGAUGUCCGCUUACUGCGACAUGGACACGCUUGGUGGAGGAUGGACAGUCAUUCAAAAGAGGUAUGACGGGAGUUUGAACUUUUACAAAACUUGGGAAGAAUACAAACAAGGAUUUGGAGAUCUAAACUUUGAAUUUUGGCUCGGAAAUGAAAACAUGCAUUUGUUAACGUCGUCUGGAAGUCAUGAACUCCGUAUAGAGAUGGAAGAUGUCGACGGUAAUGCUUAUUAUGCCAGCUACAUCUCAUUUUCUGUAGACGGGGAAAGUUUCAAGUAUUUGCUAAGUGUAUCGGGAUUUAGUGGAGAUGUGUUUAAAGAUCAGAUGCUGUAUAACGACUUUACCAGAUUCUCUACAAAGGACAGCGACAACGACGACUAUUCUUCACAGGAUUGUGCCGAAAAUUUACAGGGUGGAUGGUGGUACGCAGCGUGUGGAACAACCAACCUGAACGGAGCGUAUAACCCAUCACAUAGUAGUGAUGAGACUGCGAUGCACUGGAGAGAACUAACAGCUACAUCUCCGUAUUAUACCACUCUCAGAGCGUGUAAGAUGAUGAUACGCCCUGUGACAUAACUUAUA